CACUACGAGAGCAAGUAAAAAAAAGGAAGAUGAAGGACUUACUUUUUCGUUGAACUUCAGUCUGUAGCUUUUUGUCCCACUAAUAAUUAAUUUGAGAAAUUAUUAUAAUUAGUAUAAGAAGAUUAAAAGAUCAAUAUGUAUGAAAAGUAUGACGUACAGAAUUAACGAAUAAAGAAACGAAUUACCGAUUAUUCUACAUAAACAUGACAAAACUAAGUACGACCAUAAAUUCAAAAUUAUCAAGUACUAUGAUAGAAAAAUUAGAACGUCAACAAAUUUGUACUGUUAUACAAUUUAUAGAUGAAGAUUCUGAAAAUUUGAUAAAAUUUACAGGAUUAUUGUUGAAGGACAUACUUGAAAUUAAGCAAAAUAUUUUUGAAAAAUUUGGAGGUGUAAUAAAAAAUGCAUUUGAAUUGUUGGAAAUAGAACAAAAUAAUAUAGUUCCCACUAAUUUAUCAAGUUUAGACAAUUUGUUAAAAGGUGGUUUAUAUUACGGUCAAAUAUAUGAAAUAUGUGGUAUAUCUUCAAGUGGUAAAACACAAUUGUGCUUUGCAAUUGCAACUAAUAUUGCUUUGUCACCUAAUAAUAUUGUGCGAUAUAUUGAUACAAAAAGGGAUUUUUGUGGUUCAAGAAUAGAGCAAAUUUUAUUAAAAAAGAAUUGCAGUAAACAGGUUAUUGAUGAAGUUAUGGACCAUAUUAAAGUAUGCUGUGUAUAUAGUAUACAUCAAUUGUUUAAAGUUUUAUAUUGGUUAAUAGAUAGUUUGAAGAAAGAAGACGAAGGAUGUCGUACCAGAAUUAUAAUUAUUGAUUCUUUACCAGGAGUAAUUUUCAAAUCUUCUAAAGAUAACGAAAUAACAAUUACAUUGAAUCAUCUAGCAAAUGUAUGUCAUUAUAUUGCAAAAGAAUAUUAUUUAUCAAUUGUUACUGUUAACUUAAUUACUGAGUGGAGUUCGGUUAUUCAAGAAGGACCUAGUACAAGCAGAAAAGAAAAUUGUGAUGUAAUACCUACUUUAGGAAAGUAUUGGUUGCAUGUUCCUAAUACAAGAUUGCUAUUAGAAAAAAUAGGAGUUGGAAACAGAAAACUUUCAAUUUGGAAUAGCUUUCAAUUGGAAGCAGAUCUUGCAUGUACUUUAACUAUAAAUGACUCUGGUAUUUUGUUUUCAUAAAUAUAUAUAUAUUAUACAUGUUUUUGAAUAAGUACAAAUUUAUUAUUA